GGCGGCCGGGGGGCGGCGAGUGCUGGGUCCGCGCGGGCUGUAGGCAACGGCUGUGGCGGCGGCAACGGCAGCGUGGGCUGGGCUCGAGCGGGCCGCAGCACCUCAGACUCCCGGGAGCGGGAGCCCACGCGGGCGGGCGCCUGAAACAAAGGGAAGCUAGAGUCAGGGCGCCCGGGGUGGGCGGUCAGUCGGGUCAGCGCGGAGCCGGCCAGCGGGUGCCCGCGCAAGUCCGGAGCCCGGCCGGCCGGCGCGAUCUCAGGGCGGGAAGAUGCCGCGCGUCGUGCCCGACCAGAGAAGCAAGUUCGAGAACGAGGAGUUUUUCAGGAAGCUGAGCCGCGAAUGCGAGAUUAAGUACACGGGCUUCAGGGACCGUCCCCACGAGGAGCGCCAGGCGCGCUUCCAGAACGCCUGCCGGGACGGCCGCUCGGAAAUCGCUUUUGUGGCCACAGGAACCAAUCUGUCUCUCCAGUUUUUUCCGGCCAGCUGGCAGGGAGAACAGCGACAAACACCUAGCCGGGAAUAUGUCGACUUAGAAAGAGAAGCAGGCAAGGUGUAUUUGAAGGCUCCCAUGAUUCUGAAUGGAGUUUGUGUUAUCUGGAAAGGCUGGAUUGAUCUCCAGAGACUGGAUGGUAUGGGCUGCCUGGAAUUUGAUGAGGAACGAGCCCAGCAGGAGGAUGCAUUAGCACAACAGGCCUUUGAAGAGGCUCGGAGAAGGACACGUGAAUUUGAAGAUAGAGACAGGUCUCAUCGGGAGGAAAUGGAGGUGAGAGUUUCACAGCUGCUGGCAGUAACUGGCAAGAAGACAACAAGACCCUAGUCCUGGUUCCAGUUUAGGUGGUGGUGAUGACCUCAAACUUCGUUAAUUAGUAGCACAACAGAUGUGCUCCCCAAUCUUUACAUAUACAUUGUUUCUAGUCAGCAAAAAUAAUUGAUUAAAAGACCAGAAACUGUGAUAACUGGAGGUACUACAGUCUAUUUCUUAACCUUAGGCAGUAACAAGACAUCACAAACUGCCAUGGUUUUGCACUAUGAUUAUACCUGCAUUUCUAAUUUUGUAUGCAUGUAGCCAGUAAUAAUUUUAAUUUUUUUCUAUGCAAGCUUACCUUGUUGGCAUUAUUUUAGUGAGUUGAAACUAUAUACUUGUAAAGCUCUUUUUCCCCUCCAUUUUAAUUUAAAAGUUCAUGUCAUUUAAAAACAAGUCAAGAAAUUUCGAUUUUUAUCACAGGUUUUUUUCCCUAAUCAGUUUCUCUAAUUUUUCUUUUUUUGUGAUUUUAGAUGUGUUGGUUAUACAGCUUCACUUCAGUUAGGCAUUCUGGGUUUUUGUUUUGUUUUCCCCCAUUUUCUUUUGUGUGUUUUGUUUUUUGUUUUUUGUGUUUUUUUGGUCUAUGGCAUCUUAAAACUGCUGAUACGUUUGCAUUAUUUACAAGCUAAAAACCCAGUAGCAUAGAGCUGUCUGCCACAGCCUUCUACCAAAGUUUACAGUUGUUAAAGUUGCAGUAUCCUUUUAAAUGUUGAUAAUCAGCUCCUUUUCUUUCCUUUUUAAACAUAAAAGUUUUUAAUUGGCAUUAACUCUAAUCUUCCCUAAUCUUUUUGAGAUUUUGUUUCAUAAUCAUGAGUUUCUGUGGAGAUAUUCUCCAUAGAUAAUAAUAUUCUACUGAAAUGCCUAAAGAAGUCACAGGCUGGCUUCUGUUUUAUUCAGGGAUUUUUUUUUUUAAGUCAUUCAGAAAAGGGAUACUGGAGCUUCUUCAUAUAUGUAACAGCAUAUUAAACUGGAGACAGUGAUGAAUCAGCUACAAGGGUGAUAAUGUUUUAAAAUCAUGUUUAAGAUAUUUGCUUUUAUGUGUAUUUUAUAAUGCAUGCUUUUGUAAAAACAAUGCUGGGUGAUAAAAGAUUAGUCUUAGAGAGAAAAUGUUCAUCUGUGCAGAUAAUACAUUUUCUUCCAUUAAUUAUUAUGAAAACAAAUUACAGGUUAUAUAUGGUAUUUUCCAAAAGGACUAUUAAUAGAACCUUUUGAGAUGAAUUAGUAUGAGAAUACUUUUUAAAUAGGCUCACUGUCAAAUUGAAUGCAACUUUUUUUUUUUUAAUACAAGACUGGAAAAAAGUGCUAAGUCAUUUGGUACCUCCUUACAAAUAUUUUUCAUGGUCACAUUCAUUAAAUGUUACUACAUUUCUGAAUUUUUGCAAAAAUGUAUUUUAUCAUAAUAGAAUGGCAUUAUUUUAAAGAGUUUGAAAAACUGACAUGGUCAGUUCAAAUGAAUUGAAGUCUGAAUAAGGUCAUUGCAUUUAAAACAUAUAUAUAUACUUGAUUGAUGAGGAAGGUGUGACUUUCAUUGUAUAUAGGUCUUAUAACUCAUAAACAUAUCCUGUAUCUCAGAAUAAAAAUGUUUGUUAUAUAUUUGAA